AUGAGCAGUCCUAUGCACCACGACGAGGGCUCGAGUGAGAACGAAGACGGUGCCUUUGGACGACAAGGCCCCCAGACCCACUCCGGGCAUAUCAUCGGACCGGUUGCUGCCCGUGACGUUCAGGUAUUGGAGCAGUACAUGUCCCCAGCAGCCACCCUGCCCGUGUCUCAUGCACGACCCAACCCCUACAGCGUGUACUCGAGUGACGCUCGAAACCCAAUCGUCUAUCUCAAAGUUCCCCGGCAGCGUGUUCGUGCCUCCCGUGGCAAUGGAUCAGCAGGCUUCAGGCAAUAUGAGGCCAUCGAGAAAGGGCUGGAACCUCUCGGCGGUGAUGUAGUCGACCUCUACUUCCAGGCAUUCCACCCUCCCUUUCCCAUCCUCGAUGAGAAAACGGUGCUGGAGUCGUACCGGAAGAAAGCACUCCCCCAUGUGCUUGUCUGUGAAAUCUACGCCGUUUCAAUCAUAUCGUGGUCAACCUCGGCAAAAUUGGUCAAAUCUCGCCCGCACCGCCCAGACGUGAGGUAUAUUUGGACCCAGACAGUCGAAGCAUUGAACGAGGAAUUUCUCGCGCCGGGAUUUUCCACCGUUUUGUCCUGUAUCCUCGACCUCACAGGUCGGCCUACCACCUCGAUGACAUACAAUGCCAUCAACAUCGGUCGAGCCGUGGCUCUGUCCCAGAGUUUGGGGCUGAAUCGAGAUCCACGAGGCUGGGAUCUGGACCAGCGCCAAAAAGCGCUUCGAAUCAGAACGUGGUGGGGAGUGUUGAUCCACGACUGGUGGGCGAGCCUUGCACAUGGCACUCCGCCACAUAUCCACCCAGGGCAUUUCGAUGUCGCGGUUCCAGACUUGAGCUCCCUUCUCAUCGGUGGCGUCACACAUGACAACGAUGCCGGCCGCACAUCAGGUCCGCGCAUCAUGGGAGCCCAGAGUUUCCGGGCGUUAUGCCAGCUGACGGAGAUCUUGGGUGACAUCCUGCCUCACGUCUACGACACCAAAAGCCGCAAGCCUGACGCUCAACUCCGAUCACUGAAGCGCAUAGAGGCAUCCGUGGAUGACUGGGAGGAAAACCUGCCGCCGUCUCUGAAUCCAAAAACCCCCGAUUUCCAAAGAGAUCUGCCGGGUGCCUUGAGUCUGCAUCUGUCAUUCUUGGCCGUGAAAAUGUGUACUUGCAGGGUGUCAUUACUGGAGUCGGUCAAGUCUGACGACUACAACAACCCGGAAACAUGGCAGUAUCUGCACCUCCAGUGCCGUAGAGCUGCGAAGGCUGUCAUUGAUUUCACCUUGUCUCUCCGCGGACGGGACCUACAUGCUUUCUGGAUGCCAUACACUGCAUAUCACUUCGCCUCUGCGGCGAUACUAAUACUGCGGUGCGGGCUCGAAGCCACAAGCGAUGAGGUUGCGCGGGAUUGUGUAUCGGCUGCACGUGCGCUGGUCGAGCACCUUCGCAGGGCGAAAGAUGAAGCCAAAUGGGAUCUGGCGGAUAUCUGCCUGUCCCAAUGCGAAUCCGUGGUUCACCAGUUGAACGACGAGGCAUACCUCCGACAUGGGCGAAGACGCAACCGUGAGGCUGGAGCUGGAGCUGGAGCUGGAGCACCAAUACUCGGCUCUCAACACCAAGAGUUCGACAAGCCUCGAUCAGAUCGAGAUCGGGGUGUUUCGAAGACGACUGAUCCGCCUCAAAGGAACCAGCAACCAUCCGCUAGCAUGACCAGCGGCCCGGGUCCUUCGUCCGAGAGUGUGCUGGCCAUUGACACCGCCCUACCACCACUUGAGGGCUCCAACGCUGCAACUCACGAAGCUGAUGCCACUACAGAGGGAGCUUGGGACCCAUUUGCCCACCUCACCAUCCCCGACCUGUGGGAAGCCUCUGGCCUGAACGACUACGGGGGAUCUACGACCUGA